CCCCGUCGUCUUCCAAUUAAAUAUCUACCCGUUCCUGCGGUUCGAGUGGGAUGUCAGAUCGCUUUUCCCCCGUACUCUCCUCUACGAUUUCGACAUCAUGUCCCCCCACCCACUCCUCGACCCCUCCAACUCCAGAGCUCUUUUCUCGAUUCUCGGAGCUAUCGCAGGAAUAGCGAUUCAUCUAAGUCUCUUCAUCCGCGGAGAAUGGCACCUCCAAGCCCCGACCGUCUUGAAAUCCCACGCCGCGCUCUUCGCGCUGUCAAUGUUCGUGAAGAACGGGGUCUUCUUUGCAUCAGCUUACUGCAUCUCCCUCUUUACAAGCAUCACGACAUACCGUUUAUUUUUUCACCCGCUCACGCGCGCGGGGUUCGCCGGUCCAACGAGCAUGCGCAUGUCGAAGCUGGUGCAUAGCUGGAAAUGCUUGUUCACUUCCAAUCAUCUCGUCCUGCACGAUCUGCAUAAGAGAUACGGGGAUUUUGUGCGCACGGGUCCGAGCGAAAUCACCAUAUACCACCCUGAUGCAUUUCUAGUAUUGGAUGGAGCGAAGAGCACGUGUAUAAAAUCCGAGUUCUACGAUGUUUUGCAUCCGAACCGCUCGCUGAUCGCGACGAGGGCCAAGGAUAAACAUGCGGCGAGGAGGAGGGAGUGGAAUCGCGGGUUCAAUAAAACGGCAACGGACUCGUACCUUGCCAAAUCCCAAACCCACAUCUCGUCCUUGCUCUCCCUGAUCCGUGCGUCCGCGCAAUCGCAUACAGAAGCUGAUAUCCGCGAUCUCAUGUACUGGUACGGUUUCGAUGUCAUGGGCGAUUUCAUCUUCAAUCAGUCCUUCGGGAUGCUGGAGAAUCAGCGGUGGCACGAAACGGUCCGUCUGCUUCGAAAAGGGUUCGAGGUGUUGGGUCCGACGGCGCCCGUGCCGUGGGCGAUCCAAAUCGCGUUUAAUUGCUUGCCGAGUGUGGGCCCGUUGAGGGAGUGGAAGGAGAUGAAUGAGUGGUGUGUUAGGACUAUGGAGGGGAGGGUUGAGGCUUCGGAAAAAUGCGAGACUUCUAUCCCAGACGUUGCGUAUUUUUUAAUCGAGAAGGCGAGGGAGAAUGGGUUUUCAGAAGAGGAUUGGCAGUGGUUGUGUGGGGAUAGUUUGCUUGCUAUGAUUGCUGGGAGUGAGCCUACCGCAGACGCCCUCCUCGGUGCAUUCUACUUCCUAAGCAAAAACCCCUCUCACAUCGAAAAAAUCCACGAAGAACUCAAAAACGUAGAUGUCACAAGCGUAGAAGAGCUAGCCGGACUGCGGCAUUUAAAUGCCGUUAUGCAAGAGUCAUUGCGGUUGUUCCAUCCAGUUCCAACCGGCGGGAUCAGGAAAGCUCAAGCCGAGGGCGUAGUUAUAGGCGAUACCUAUAUCCCGCCUUACACCACUUUAGUAGCGCCGCGGUAUUCGAUUUUCCGCCGAGAGGAUGUGUUCGAGAACGCGGAGGAAUUUAUCCCCGAGAGAUGGUAUUCUAAGCCAGUCACCUUCAGCAGUCAGACUGGAUACGCGCCGUUUGGAACAGGAGCGACAAGCUGUCUCGGUCGUGCGUUUGGACUCGAUCAAAUGCGGCUUGUGUUAGCUCAGGUGAUUCAGAAAUACAGAUUCGAGAUCGCGCCUGGGGAGGGUAAAGAUCGGUUCAUGGUGGAUUUGAUGGAUCAUUUUACGUCGAAUCCGGGGCAGUUGAAGCUUGUUUUUAGCGCGAGGAAGUAG